UUUUAGAUUACAGAAUGAAGCUGGUGCGUUUUUUAAUGAAACUGGCCCACGAAAGUGUAACAAUAGAGUUGAAGAAUGGAACACUGGUAACAGGCACCAUUGUUGGCGUCGACGUGGCAAUGAAUACCCAUUUGCGGACCGUCAAAAUGACGCUAAAGAAUAGAGAACCCGUUUCCCUAGAUUCACUAUCAAUCAGAGGAAAUAAUAUCCGAUAUAUAAUUUUACCUGAUACAAUUCCUUUGGAUACGUUACUGGUUGAUGAUGAACCUCGGAAAAAGCCAGCACGUGGAGGACGUGGUCGAGCUGCACCAACUCGUGGCGGACGAGGACGAGGUCGUGGUAGAGGUGGGCCUCGUGGUCGUGGUGGUUUCAGGGGUGGGCGAUAAAUUUUCCCCAAUAUUAAUAUGCGUUAUUAUCCUUUAUGCGUUGAAUUUUGUGCGGACAGAAUGAAAAAGAAAUUUAUUGUUACAUCCUUUUCUUCGAUAUUACUCUUUGUGGUGCAGUUUACUUAAUUCACAGCGAUUAUAGAUGUACUUUACUUCAUAUCCUUAUCUCUCAGACUUCUUGUAAUAACUGUGAAGGAAGCUAUCACUCAAGUGCAUAACGGUUUGAUGCGGUAAGCAGAAGCUAGGCACUUUAAAAAAGUUAUGCUGUCCUGUUUUUUUUUUUUGUUUUUCCUAUAAAAAAAGUUGUAUUUGUCAG